GGGUGGUGUAAAGAUAACAGAGAUAUAUCAAAUCUCCUGUUUCAUGUGCUUUGUCAAUGAUGCACUGGGCGGUACUGGAGACAGCCGUGUGGUGGUGCUGUGCUGACAAGCGUGAGCAAGGUCACACUGUGUACCAUUGUGCUGUCUGCGCUCCUCAAACGCUGCUGCAGCUGCCGUCCUCUCCUCUCCUCUCCUCUGCUCUGCUCCACACUGUCGCACAGCCAUGGCGGACAGCGCAAGCGAGAGCGACACCGACGGAGCGGGGAGCAGCUCGGCCACCCCGAUGUCGUCCUCCGCUUCCAAUUCGGGCAAACCGAGCAUAGUCAUUUCACAGUUUCGUCUGGAGGAGCUGACGAACCGCCUGGCCUCGCUACAACAAGAGAAUAAAGUUCUUAAAAUUGAGCUGGAGACGUUCAAACUCAAGUGCAAAGCCCUGCAGGAGGAGAAUCGGGACCUCCGCAAAGCUAGCGUCACCAUUGUGAGUAACGUUAGCUGGCUAACUAGCUAGCUGGAGCCUGCCCUCACUGUACUGCAUGUUUCAGUUAGCUGUGGCUAGUAUUGGUUGUUUGGUGUUGAAUUGUCAGUGUUACCCCCAUUUGACGUGUUACAUAGAAAUGUACUCAUAACUUAAAGACAACUUGUCAAUGUUGUGCUAAGGCGUAACUAUUAGCUAGUUGGAUAUCUUGCUAAUUUAGCCAGCGGGCUAAGGGUUGCUAGGUUUGCUUUGUUUUGCUUUGCGUUGCUUACCCUGGCUAACCCAGCUGCUAACGUUAAGUAAAAGGCGUUUUAACAGCGGUAGGUACAUCACGAUGCAAGUUACCGAGCUAUUAUAAGCAAUUUGUUAAGCUGAUUACUUAUGGUUAGACAUUGUCACCACGUUACGACUAACGAGGAGGAUACGGUAACGACUUGAAAAUAAGUUACCAGCGUUGGCAUGGGCCGAUGCGUCACUGGGCUGCAUGCUCGGUUAAUCAUAAAAAUGUGUAACCGAUCUGCCGGAUAGAUGGGGAAGUAUGUAGGCCAAACUUAGCGAGCUAGUAAAAUGCCAGGCUCGUAUUUUGGCAAGUUAGCCACACAGUGCCUGCCUUCUUCCCACCUAUGUUAAUGUGUCAGGCUGUGAACUAACUGUUUGCUUGCUAUUGUCCAGAAGUAUUGACAAAUUUCACCCUUGCUUGUAAAUCAAGAGUUGAGCUUGAGGUCAGACAGGAAUGAGGGGAUAAAGAAUUUGACACUGGUGCUCACAAGGGCAGUGGUAUCCUCACAUUGUAAUGCAAGCUGCUCUAGCUGUCCCAACACAUUGCCAAUGUCUCAUUCUUCCCCUCACAGUAAGUCAUCCAUUACAGCAAUAUCUCUUGAGUCAUUAGGGAAAAGUCUGCUUCCUCUUUGGCUAACAGACCUCACUGCAGUAGACUUUGGCUUUUGAUCGGCCUGUGCAUUUGCAGGGGUGGUGCAGCUUAUAUGCACUUUAGUCAGUUACAAUAUAAUCAUGUGGAAUUAAAAGUGUCGCAUGUGCUCGAUCAGGGAAUGUGCUAUACUAAUGUUUGCAUCUGCCAAUGUCUCCUAUUUGUCUUUGUCCUGCAGCAAGCCCGAGCAGAACAGGAGGAAGAAUUUAUCAGUAACACUUUGUUCAAGAAGAUCCAGGCCCUUCAAAAGGAGAAGGAAACCUUAGCGGUCAACUAUGAAAAAGAAGAGGAAUUUCUCACCAAUGAACUGUCAAGGAAACUCAUGCAAGUGAGUGAUGGCAACGAGAUGGGCAAACACAUGUUUUUUUCUUUUAACUCAAGUUGGAGUUAGAGGAAAAUAUCAGCUUAGUGUUUAAUUAUGCAAAAUAUUGUCACGAGUGUACAGCUCGAGCUAUCUAGGAGUUCGUGUGUGCACAUAACCCCAAAAGGGUGCAGACGCUAGUCCAUUAUCAUCAGCUGUAUUGGUACCCGCCUGAAGUCUGGAAAGGCUCAAGAUGACUUCAGUGCGCCUGCUAGCUACUCUUAAUGACUCUCAAAUUACUCUCCUCCCGUCUGUCGGUUAUUUGGUUCAGCCUGUUUUCCACAUCUUAUUUUCCCAACUGCAGAGUGCACAGAACAAGCACACACACACUCUCACACUUUUCAAUGGUUAGCCACAGGGUGACUAAUGGUCUGUUGUUGGGUAGAGAAGUGGGAAACUGUUAAGGACACAUGUAAAUGCCCCAGCAAACCCUGCCUUAGGUCAUAUGGGUGAACUUGAUGGGUCUUUUUGUUACCUUUCCUUCUCACUAGACGUGAAACAGACGCAGGGGUGGUUCUGCAUGUAGGCUUGGUGCUGCUGACAAAGGCCCUGGAGUUUGCUUGUGUGUCUGUGUGUAUACAUGUUUUCAUGGGCAUGUAUUAUUCUCUUGUGAUGAUAGAGGAAGAACUGAGCAAAUUUAUUUUAAUGGGUGUGUUAAUGCUCCUGUUGGGAAGCACUUUUGUAAACAAUUUUGCCUCAGCCGUGUUUUCCCCUCCAUUACUUUUGAUGAUGCACUUUGUACUCCAGUCAUCUAAACUUGAGUCGCCAAAUGAUGCAGUUCUCUCAGCAGGCAGACCCCCCUUCAGCACACUUUAUGACCUUUACAACGUCUAGUGUAAUUUUCUGGCUCUUUCCUGUCUGUGUAGAGUAUCUAAACCAAACGAAUGGUCUGAAAUGACUCUUUUUGGAAAGGGUAUCGAGAUGAAAUUUGUUAUGAAUUGAUGCUACAGGAUUGUAGAUUGAAGCGUUGACUGAUAUCUAGACUUAUCUAUUGCCACUAAUGCACGAGAUAGUGAAGGGAAAACCCUUUAGGCUGUAAGUCCACAUAGGAGCCUAUUCUGUCCACAUAGGAGCCUUUUUGUGAUUAAGUUGUUUUUAUAGGUUGCCUUUGCUUUGCUCUCUGCAAGAUGAUAGCUGAGAACAGACUGAUUAAUUUACAUGCAGACUCCAGGCAUAACUGGCACAGUGCACUUGGGUGUAGUCCUGUCAAGAGCAUGUCAUAUGUUUUGACAAAAGGGAGACACAUAGUAUCAAAACGAUUUUUGAAAUUGUCAGCAUCUUAAUAAGAAGAAGAGUGAGUAGACUGGGUGUGGCGAAACUUGCUGUUCUGUUCUCUUUGGCGCGAGUACAGAGCACUGUCUAAACGCAGCGCCUUAAAGCAAACCGGCAUUCUAGUUGUUUCAGCUAAAAAGGAGCAGAAUGGAAAGGUUUAUUUCUUCCUGCAAAAUCUUUUCCUAUGAAUGAAUUAGCAUCUUUUUCCCUGUAAUGAGUAAUCACUUAUAUAAUCCAUCACACAAGCCUCCUAUUUAGAAUCAGAGCUGAGCCGCACCCUUUCUUUGUAUUGGUAAGCUGCCAGAGGUGGUUACUUUGGUUGCCAAAUCAUUAUUUCACUCUGUUGUUUCUUCUGGGAACUGUCACCAUGAAUCCAGUAGAACUGUAACCUUGGUUUCCUGUUUUGUUUUAUUCUGAAUGUGCGAGCUAAAUGUGAUGAUCUGAGACCAGUGUGUUUGGUCACUGCGGUCAUUGAAUACCUUUUGAGUGACUCACCAUCAUUCUUGCUCUUCUCCCUUCUUUCUCAUCCCUCUCAUGUCCUUCACCUCCUCUGCUUCUCUACUGUCCAUGCACUGACCUGUUUUUUUUUCUUCUUUUCUUUUCCAUCUUAGCUCCAGCAUGAGAAGGCGGAGCUGGAGCAACACUUGGAGCAGGAGCAGGAGUUCCAGGUUAACAAGCUUAUGAAAAAGAUCAAGAAGAUGGAGAAUGAAACCAUCUCGAAGCAGCUCACCCUUGAACAGGUAUACUUACUGUUACGAACAAGACGCGAGCAGCAAGGGUGAAACAGCGUGUCCCGAAACUUGUGUGUCCAGUCGUUGUGGUUGUGUUGGAGCUAAAUUUUGUGAUUCUUCCCUCUGAAUGAUAGCUGGAAAGAACAUUUGGGUUUGCGGCUGGGUUGAACCCAUUUUUUCCUGACUCCUCUGUUAUCCCCUGAUGACAGGAUUUUUCUGUUGACGUGCACACAUUCAUCAUUGCUCCUCAUUCAUGAGUGUGUACGUGUGCAUCUAAGUGAUGCCUGACCAAUGAAAUAUGGCACUAUUACUCAAAAUCGGACUUUUCCUCAACAUAAAAACCUGAUUCACGGCUUACUUUAGCUUUAAGUUUUGCUUUAUAUCAGUUAGAACAAGCUGAAUCUGAGUUGACGUCUUUUUAGACCAUCCUACAUCUUUCGACUGUGAGUCUCAGAAUUAAGCACGACACUGCAGCUUUAUGAAAGUAAAGCUUAUCUUGACAGACCUUGUGCUUGCAGCUCACUGUACUUGUAUUCAGCCAUCUGAACGCCUUUCAACAUCAAGGUUUUUGUGUCUCUGAACGUCAUUCUCUGCUGCCUCCUUUUACUCUGCAGUUGAGGCGAGAGAAGAUCGACCUUGAGAACACAUUAGAGCAGGAACAAGAAGCCCUGGUAAACAGACUGUGGAAGCGGAUGGACAAACUGGAGGCUGAGAAAAGGUGAGGAAUGACUGUAUAAAGGGAUAACCAUUUCAGUAUCCAGACACAAUUUGGAGUUCAGAUCUGUCGUAUUUGCGCAUAGAUUCAGGGACGGUUUACAUGAACUUUACAUGAACACAUUCGAAAAGCCAAAACUUUUUCUGUCAUGUUAGCAAAGAGACAGAAGCUGCUUACAUUUUGCACUCUUGUAGUAGCGCCACCCCACCUUCGCACUUAUGCAUUGACCAGUGCAACAUUAGAGCCCCAGUGUGUGAUUUUGCAUGAAAAACUUGACAGGCAAGGCAUUUAAUAUAAACUCAUAUACUCAGACUUGCACACUGCUUUUUUUCCCCGGGUUCUGUCUCUAUUACACAUUUAUUACCAUCUCAGACAGCUGAUCAGGGGCACAUCAACUUUAAACAUCUGAGCGUGUCACAUUGCAGACAACUAAUGGAACAAAUGCAAAUGCUGUUACAGAUAUCCUGCCUCAAACUGACGAUAUAAAAGAGUGCAGAAGCUCUUGAUGAGUGUCCCUAAUCAAAUGUGGAAAUGAACUAUUACACAUCAGCCAUUUUAAACCUAAAGACCGAAACUCAAGGUUGAGGAGGUUUUUCUUAUGAGCAUUAGCGAAAUGGUUUUCUUUUCAUGAAUUAUUUAAGUAUUUGUUGUUUGUUUGGUUUUCCGCACUAGAAUCCUCCAGGAGAAGUUAGACCAACCUGUAUCAGCUCCUCCUUCCCCAAGAGACGUUUCCAUGGAGAUAGACUCACCGGAGAACAUGAUGCGGCAUAUCCGCUUCCUGAAGAACGAGGUGGAGAGGCUCAAGAAAAGUCUGCGCACCACUGAGCUGCAGCGUAAGUGGCCUCUCGAUCUGUGACUUGACCUAAGGGAGCGUGAGAGUCGAGUGUUGAUUCAGGAUUUGAUUAGUAAAACUGACCUUUUGACGGGCUGUGAAGGUAGAAUUUACAUGAUUUAGGUGUGUCCAUAAAAGAGGAAGUCUAAAUCCAACAACAUAAUCUCUAUGUUUGUCCGACUUCAAGAAAUCCCACUGACGGUGCACUGUCAUUGCACUAACAGGUAUUUUAAAAGUCCAGGUUUAGUCAGACUUUUACAAACACCUCAUACAUUUUCAACAUCGUGUCAACAUGCUGCCUGACGUGGUUUUUAUUCUCACGGACUUCUGUUAUCCAAGUUGCAUUUCAAGAAACUUGAGGGUUUUUGAAAGAGAGUGACGGGAAAACAAGCCUAAAAGAAAGCUGGUGCUGGUCUUAAACUUCCUUUCCCAAUAAGCACUCAUUUCAUUUAGCCAGCUAGUGUGUGAACAUGAGAAAUAAGCUGUUACUGACAUGGAAAAUUGAAUUUCCUUUCCACUUUUGCUUCUCUAAUUGCAGCAAGUUCUGAACCACAACACACUUAGUCAUAAAGCAUUAAGAAUAUAACUUCUGUGGUUUGUUUAAGAUGUCUUUUGUUUAUUCCAAGUAAAUUUCACCGCUCAUGCGUGCACUUUAUACACACAUUAACACUGAGUGGGAAUGCAAAUACAAACCGAUACCUCCUUAAGGACUCAGAAGUGCGUUCAAGAGCACUCCAUGAAGUUACAGAGAGAAAGAGAUUAAGCAUUUUUGUCAUACCUGUCCAUGACGGCUGCAUAUAUUCACACCUCCAGCUAAAUGUUUUGUUUCAUGCAGCCUGGUAUUGAGUUUGUGACUGAACUUAUAACAUGGUUGAGCUAGAAUGCUCUCUUUGAUAAAUGACCAAUAUUGCAGAACUAAUGAGACACUUAAAAUAGUUUUAUUUUUCUCCUCUCGGGCACUAAUCCACUUAAAGCUGCCAUGUUGAGUUUUUUCUUUUCGUACCUGGUUGACCUCCGUUUAUUAGUUGAUCAGACACAGUUUAGCAUCAUGACUGAGAUAAAAUCUACAGCUUUGUGCCCUGGACUGAAUUAUCCAUUAAUUAAAAAAUAAUAAAAUCACAGCAAAAUCUGCUUUUCAGGUGUGGAGACACUACAUAUGACAGUAUUUUAGGUAUUUAGAUAUUGAGAAGCUCUGUUUAAUUUCUCCAUGGCAUAUGCAUCUUGUUGAACGUUUAGUGAAUGCUAAAUUUGGAGAGAUUUAAAUGUGCUGCAGGGAUGUUUAUUUUGGUAUCCGAAAGCGAAACGAAAUCAAAAUAUAAACAUCUUUAUGAUCAUGUUACUGAGCAGUCUCACUGCCUGAAUAAACUUCUGCCUCCAUGAAAACAUAAAGCUGUUGAGUAAAUCUUUAGGAUUAAGUGUGGGCUAGGAAUACAUGUGGCACCGGGAGGUGGCAUCUGUCCUGCAUUAACUGUACUGCACUUAAAACACUCAGAUUUUCAUAUUUGAUGGGUGCUCUUAAAGUGAAAGAGGUUCAGAAAUAAAACAGAAUGUUGUUUCUUGUUCAUACUGACAACAGUGUGGGUUCAGGUUAAUGUGUGUCAGGGAAAUUCAGUCUUGAAAGGGUGUUUUGCUUAACACAACUGGGAGUGUCUGCAAAUGUAAGAAGGGCCCUGCUUUGAUUUCACCACUAGAGGGAGCUGUAAGUCAACUUUUGAGGCAAAAUCUGAGCAACCAGCUCAAGAAGAAAGGUGGUGUUUUCACCUCAAGUAUGCUGUUUUUAGAAAUCAGCAUUGAGCUUUUCACUUUUGUUAGUAAAAAGCAAAAAACUUAACAAUCAUUAAAAUGAUCACCAUGACAGCACAGUCUCAGAUGAAGUCAUUUUAUAGGAGUUAAAGUCUUGGCAUGAUCCCCGUAUAACAGCUGUUGUUAUGCAGGUUGAUAUACAGCCACAAGGAUGUGACCUUAACAUAAGUUCAACUGAUAUUUGUUCUAUGUGUCACCUUCCAGACACAGAGAAACGUGCCCAGUACAUAGAAGAGGAGAGACACAUGAGGGAGGAGAACAUCCGGCUGCAGAGAAAGCUCCAGAGGGAAAUGGAGCGCAGAGAGGCCCUGUGCAGACAGUUGUCGGAGAGCGAAUCCAGCCUGGAGAUGGAUGAUGAAAGGUAGGGGGUGUGGACAAACAAAAAAAGAGAUAUGAUCUAAAAGAGUUCAAUAGAGGUUUCAUUUCAUGAUUGAUCAAGUGACUUUUGUACUGGAGAUGGCUGAUGAGGUUAUCUACACUGCUGACUAUGCUGAUUUAAACGCUAAUUUAAUGAUGGCAGCCUAAAUCUGUGUUAACGGAAAGAUGAAGGAAGGAACAAAAGAAUGAUAAUUUCAGAUAACAGAAGGCCUUUGUGCCAGCUCAGUGCUCAACACUUCCAGCAGUCUGUCUAAAUGCUUUUAUUGUGAUUGGCAAGGGAACAACAUGGUUUCCAUUAAGCUCAGCGUCAUAAAAUAAAUGUUUUUGUACAGACAACGACCUCCGAGAUUGCUUCAGACAGCAGUCAGCAAAGAGAAGCAUCAGAAAUAAUUAGCAGUUACAUCAAGCUGUUCUGUCCUAAUCUGGUGUUAGUGAGACUGAUCCAAGCUAUUGAAGCCCUUUAAAUUAAAGUCAAAAAUUAAACUCCUGUCUUCUUUUUAGAACUUAUAACAUGUGUUACCCCCAAGAACUUAGGAAACAAGUUGGACUCAGACCAUCUAACUUGGUUCAAUCAUAGCUGUGUUUACAUGAACAGUUUUUUCUUCAGCAAACACACUCACAGUCGCCAGUCUGUUUAAGGAGCCACAGCCAUUACUGACAGUCUACCACUAAAUUUAAACACAAAAAUAGAGAAGUGAAGCAGAUGCUGGCCUCAAAAGGGAACCACUGUAGGUAUGGAAAGUGAAGGAAAUGAAUAUCUCUACCUUAGUGGGACCCAGGACAAAACUUCAAAUGCUUGAAUUAUUUGCUGACUUUUAAAGACUUCUACUAGUGUUUAGUCAGGACAUGGCUGAGGCGAUAAAAUGCUAUAGUUAUAUCCUAGCAUCAGGGAAUCAGUCUCAUGUUAUAAUACAGAAGGAUUAACAAAAACUCAACCUCCUCCUAAUCACUUUUUAAACAUCAACCAUCUCUGUCCUUUGAAGGCAGAGGUAGAUAACUAAAAAACUGAUGUCUGCCCAAACACAGCUCUGGCAGGUUAAUGAUGUGUUACAAGGCAAAGUGAUGAGUGUCUUGAUGUUGCUGUAGGAAACCAAAAAGCAGAAUUGAAAUUGGCAUCGCUCAUCAAAUUCAUCCAUCUCAGAAAUUUAAGAACAGUUUCAGGUUUAACUCAGUUUGUGAUGAUCAAGCAAAUAGAAAGAAGUUCUCUGAAAUUUCUGUUUGAAAGAGCAUCUACAUAGAAAAAACAAUCAACCUGGAAUGUUCUGCUCUUAGCAGCAACAAAAACAGGAAAAACAAAACAAAGACACAAAGCAGUUUCAGGCUUGGAUAACACUCUUUUUUUAUUAGUCAGAAAAAGCUUAAUCAUGAAAGUGAUUAAUACCAACUCUUCCCCUUGUUUGUUUAACCGUGUUUUCACCUGUCUAGCUCUGUGAUAGAAUAGAUUAGCUGCAUAUUUUUGACAUUUUGCUGCGUUCUCACUAUCUCAACAUCAAUCCUUCAGGUACUUCAAUGAGAUGUCUGCACAGGGUUUGCGAGCAAGGACCGUGUCCAGCCCCAUCCCCUACACCCCGUCCCCCAGCUCCAGCCGACCCAUAUCACCUGGUAGGUAUUAUCAAAAGGGUCAAUGUCAUGGUAACACAGGUGCCAACCAGCCAUACUGGGUCAAAUAGAAUGUGUGUGACCCAAUCAAAAGUACCUUUGAUGUUAUUUUACACUACUGAUUGCAUGACAAUCGGCUUUAUCUCGUUUUAAAUUUGGAGUAAACAUUGAUUGACACUUGUUUAAGUCGGUCAAUGAAACCAUAAAUGUCUGUUCUAGUUGUCGGCGGUGAAAUUACAAAUGACUGCCCUCAUUCUGAGUCUGGUCAAAUCCUCAAGAGUCAUAAAAGUUUUAAUGCCUGCAUUAUCAAUUCUUUGCUAGGUCAUUCAUGUUUCUUAGCAGAGUAUUUUUUUUAAGUAUUUAAACUUUAUUUAUAAAUUUAGAUGCUAUCUUUGUGAGGCAGAAAUGCAUAAAUACUACAAAAAAGGAGGAAACGAUGAGUAAAUUAUUCAGUUAAUGAGUUGUUGCAUGUUUGUUUACAAAACUGAUUCAAAGAGGACAAAGAAAAAUUGGUUUUAAGUGUUGUACCUGUGUCUGGAGUUGGGAGGGAAAAAAAUGGUAAAAGAGUCAAAAACAACAAGAGGUCAAUAUUAAGGUCAAUCACAUUCAACCCCCCAAGCCAUUUUUAGCAAACCCAGUGUGUCAUUUAAUCCAUUCCAGGGUUGUAACGCUGAAUACUCUGCAGAAGAAAAUUGAAUUAUUCAGGGUCUACGCCAUUGCUUUUGGUAAAUUCACAAGAAUUAAGACAUAGCAUUAAUGGUUAAACAAUAACACUAACCUCAUGUGUCGGUGCACUGCUGUGUUUCGGCUCUCUCAGAUAUAGACUGUACUGACCUGCUGAAUGUUAAACCAUAAUAAUCCUGCUGUGGGGUUCAUUUGUAGUUAAAUACAAAGACUUUAAAUAGGAGUAUACACAGAAUGUCCAACUUUCUGUUCACUUUCUCUUUCUCAACUUUCUCUUUUCAGGUCUUUCAUAUGGCAGCCACACAGUUGGCUUCACUCCCCCAGCAACACUGUCCAGAGCUGCCAUCUCCCACUACAACACCCCCGCCCUGCACGUCCACGGAAGCUCCUCUCACGCCGUAGCGGUAAGUGACAUUCCUUGACAUCCUUUGAAGAGGACAUUUGGCAAAUUGAGGCUGUUUUUUAGGGUCACACAGGUGCAAAUUGAUUAUUUACACAGUAAGGUGACCACACAAGGCUCAACAUUUGGUUUAGACGUUUAGGUCCGUAUGUGAUAUACGCAGAUACUUGAAUGCUGUUGCUUGCAAAAUGACUCACCUUUGAUUUGGAGUUAAGCAUUCAUGACGUCAAACACAUUAAGGAGAGAUAAAGUCUCUCAGCAAGUGUUAAUAUUUUUAAUAAUUGCGCUGCAUGUAAUGAAUGAGAUGUUCCACUUAAGUCAACAUUGGUUUUCUGUGUUAGAAAAAUUGACCUGAAAACUGUUCAUCUCUCUUCUCACUCUAACGGUGUUAACUCGGGCAAACCCUAAGCCCGCCAAAGAUAACAGACUUGAUCCUCUCUGAUCCUGACACAGAUAUUGUUGUUACAUCACACUAAAUGCCUCAUCACUUUUAUUGAUACUUGGAUGUCACAGGGUCCAGUUGGCUAGCCUGUAAUCUCAACAAUAACAGGAUCAACACAGCUUAUUGGUCACACAUUGUUUCCUUAUUAUCUUUUAUACUUUAUUAGUUUAUCAUCCCAGGGUCAUGGUCCAUUAAAGCCUUUUUAAACUGUGUUUCUCUUUUGGUGAUAAAUGUGACACCUACUUUAACAGUGUUGGGUUAUAUAAGGUUGUAUCAUACGACAGGGCUGAAAGUCUCCGUGUUUAUCUCUUUCAUGUUUGGUCUGGCUUAUCUGUUACACUAUUGUUAUAUUACUGCCAGGCUAUGAUCAUUCAAGGUACAUGAAAAUUUAUGUAAUUUUUUUUCAAGUCUUGAUCCUCAAAUAUUAGUAAUGAAGGUACCAGUGCGAGUUAAAUUUUAGAAAAAGCUCGACGAGGGUUUUGAGUAUGAGCCGUAGCCACUGGAGGGAAGGAGCAUUUGGCAGUCGGCUGAAGCAGCAGACUUACUAAAGUGUUGUUGCUGUUCUGUGUCAGGCUGAGACUCGGUCGAGAAAGUUAAUAGCUUGCCAUGCUGUUGACCCCUGCAUUGCCGUGUGUCUACAGUGACACAACAAGACAAGGAGUUUGAAGACCGAAACCAUAGCCUCUAAAGUAAUAUAAGAUUUUCCAAUAAAACACCCAAAUCUUUUCAAAUCAGCUGAUAUUAGCUAGUGUAAUAUCAGUCGGUCAACAAAACAAAAGUUAUCUUAGGAAAUGUUUACCAAAAAAGCAGUUAUAGACUGUAAUAUUAUGUUAUUUAGAGAAAGCAAUGUUGAUUGAUCCACCAUGAGUCAGCAGCUUUUGGCAAUAGUGCCAGUAAACCGUAUCUUUAAAAGGCAGAAACCUUGAGUAGAACCAGACUCGCUGUGAACAGCCAUCUGUCACCAGUGACUGGGCCUGGUAAUAAACAAGCAGAGCAAGAACAACAUUUAACACUGACUUAAGGCCAUAAUGCCAAUAAUCAUAUACCAACAUAUACAGUAUAAUAUUAACAAUAACAGUAUAGCCAUGAUAAUAAAAGCAUGACUCAUAAUCAAAUGUAUCAUGAUUAGAUGGACCACCUCAUUUUCUAGGGGGUCCCUGACAUGACAGUUACAGUAAUAAUGCCUAACCUAGGUUAUUAGUUUGAUAUGUAGCUUGAUUCGACAUGAUUGCUGAAUGUCUUGUCAGUGAACAGGAUCUCGCUCUGUUAGUCAGGUGGCUGUGGGAUGAAUUUAAUCCACUUUGACAUGGCGAUUAACAGUAGAAAAGGACUCCUUAUUAGUCUGGCUCCCUGACUGUACCUGCUCAUUACACCAGGGUUAUGAAAUAACUCAUUCUAGUUCACUUAUUCUUAUGGGAACAUUGGUGAAGUGGCACCACCGAGUUAUGGAUCAUAAUAACCUGAAAGAUGACGCAAUACUUAAACCCCUUUGCUCAAACCUUGUAAGUGGGCUAAAAAGAUUGAACUAUUCUUUUCAUAUACAAAGCUUUUAAAGUGCAUUUUUAGUGUUAUAAAUACUUUAAUAGAGUUGCACCUUUUUCACUGUCUUCUCUUAUUCUACAUCAAUUUUAGUUCUUUAAUCUAUGUGAGUUUUAAGGACCACAUUUCACCCGUCAGCACUGAGCCCACCCAGGAGUUGAAUACAGAAAUGACCCUGUCUAGGAACCUUUCACAGAUUAUUUUUUCUCUGAAACCCUUUUGGCUUUUAUCUUUCCGCUCCUCUGACUGAAACUGCCAUUUUCAGGUCAGGACCAGAAGCUCAGUGAGAGAAACACGACUUAGACAAUUAACCUUACCACCAAAUCUUCUCCUGUCAGCGAUGUAUGACCCUCUGAAACCCUCUGGGAUGAAAAUGACGGACAGGAUAACCUUUUUAUUUUACGCACUUUUAUUCAAAUGUACCUUCAAGCUGCAUCAGAGUAAAAACUAAUUAAGAAAGAAAAACUUGUUAAAGAGGAAAGAAAAGUUUGACAUGCUGUGCUCUAGUGGUUUAACAUAACUUCUGUUUAUUUAUUCUUUCACUCUCAAACAGAGGCCCUCCCCAAGAAGAAGCACCAGCCCCGACAAAUUCAAACGUCCAACGCCCCCGCCCUCCCCCAACACGCACUCAGGGGCCUUGCAGGCUCAGCCUCCGCUCCCCCCACCAGCUCAGCCCAUGGUCCAGUCCAUGUCCUCCCCGGCAGCUAUGUCGCAGCACACGGCAGCAGCACAGCAGCCUCCCUCCCAGCCUUAACGCAACACACAGUCUCUGUCUUCGCGUGUGAGCGCGCCCACUGAAUGCCACGAUGCUACCGCAACAGCAGCUUCCAUCAUUACCAGCUCUGGAAGACAAGUUUCUUACUCUAUACCAACUCCACAAAAGAAUCAGCUUCAACAGUUUGAGAGGGGGGAAGAAACAAGGCGGCGGCUCAUCAUCAAUGAAGCUCGCUGUCUGCCAAAACCACACGUGGCGUUACUUAAAUACUCUUAAAAGGAAUGGAUGGACUGAGAAAUGAUGGCUUCUGGUAUUUGUAGGCCAAUUAUCUUUUCCACCUUCUGUCUUGUACAUGUUAUGUUUUUUCUUUGCUUGGGACUUUCGCUGGUUGGAAUUGUUGUUGUGGCGCUUCUAAGAUAGCACAAACAGCACAUACAGUAUGUAUCAUGGUGGUGUUUUCUGAAAGGUUGGACGUUUGGAUCAAUGGAUGGAUGUAAGGCUUAAGAAAUGAUUGAACUGAUAGAUGGAUGUUGAUUCUUUUCAUGCCUAUAAAAUGACACUCGAUUGCAGUAAUGUCCUCCACUUCCACUCAUGCACCCUCCCCCCUUUUGUCUCUAAAGCAGUGUCAACAGUUUACCCCCCGACCCCCUAGCCUAAUAGAGCUUUGACGGGUCAACAAGAGGCGUCACAGUAAACUGCAAAGAGUUUCCUCAUGAUAGGGCAUUGAUCAAACGGCUCAAUGAGCUCGCGCCACAGUUAUUUUACGCUCUGAAAGCAUUCAAGGCUCUGCUGCUCUUCAGUUUAAAGGAAAAGGAAUAAAAGGAUCAAGAAGGAUGGACACUGGUACAUAAACCACAGAUAAAUGUCGCCUUUUGAGGUGUUUAAAAAUGUAGUCUGAGGUGUUACAACUUAGUCAUGUACUCAGUCUCUUCUUUGCUCUUCUCUCUCUCCCUCUCUCUUUCUCUCUCUCUAUCUCUCUGUCUCUCUCUCUGGUGUAUUUCUGAAAGCUUCUAUCAUCCUUGUGGAUAUUCCUCAUCAGAAAAAAAAGGAAAAAACAUAAUGCUCUUUACACUAAAUAUACAUACUGCUAAAACAUUCUAAAUGAAUGGUACUGUUGAACUAAAUUUCUAUGUAUGAUUAAAGCUCUUGAGAUGACAACCUCUGAUUUUGCUUGUCAGUUUUGUUGCUGUAGAAAUUCACGAGUAAGCCUUGUAAAGCCAAGAGCUAUUACAAAUCUCUGUAAGUGAUUGUCUUCCUGACAGGAGAAGCUCAUGUUGAAUUCGACACAUCUGAACAGUCGCCAUUUACCAAACCAGAAAGAUGUUUUUGUGUCGUGCUUCACUUGUGGGAUUUGUAAGUUCCAAUCAGCCUGCUACAGUAAUUGAUGUAUUCUUGCCUUAAAUAAAUCCACACCAUUACAGCUUGCACUGUAUCAAAAUAAAAACAUUUUUCCUGCCUUCCCAUAA